AUGUUUUCUGGUCCAAUAAUUUCUGGACGAAUAGGCAAGUGGUCUUUGGCCUUUAUGGAAUUCAGUUUCCAAUAUGUGCCUCAAAGGGCUGUAAAGGGCCAAUCACUUGCUGAUUUCCUAGCUGACCAUCCAUGCUUGGAUGUUGAUUCGGGAGUCUAUGAUGCAAUGGAGUUAUGUGCUAUUCAACUAACUCCUUGGACUCUAAUCUUUGACGGAUCAAGCGCAAAUGAUUUCGGGGGAGCUGGAGUUGUAAUAAUUGCACCAAAUGGCAGGAAAACAGCAUAUUCUUUCUUUCUAGAUUUCAAAUGUUCUAACAAUCAAGCAGAAUAUGAAGCUCUGAUUAUUGGUCUUGAAAUACUCUUAGAGAUGGGGGCACAGACCGUUGAAAUCAUAGGUGAUUCAAGUCUAGUGAUCGGUCAGUUGUCCAGCAAUUUCAGGUGCCAAAGUUGGCACCUCAAACCAUUUCACUCUAUAGCCAUGCAAUUACUACAAGAAUUUGUAGAUGUAAAGGUCAAGCAUGUUUAUAGAUCACAUAAUAAAGAGGCCAAUGAUUUGGCUCAAAUAGCAUCUGGCGUUAGGGUACCAGAAGGAAUAAUGGAGAAUUUGAUCAGAAUAAAGAGAAGAUCAUUACCUUCAGUCAAGGUGAGGGAAGAAUUGUUGGCAGAGGUCUUUACAAUCGAGGUGGAGGAGGAUAUAGAUGAGAAUGAUUGGAGAACACCAAUCAUUAAUUUUCUCAAAAAUCCAGACCCUAAGGCUGACAGGAAGCUAAAGAUCAAAGCUCUUAAGUUUAUGAUGAUUGAUGGAGACCUAUUCAGGAAAAGCAUCAAAGAUGACCUACUCUUAAGGUGUGUCAGUAAGAAAGAAGCCAUGAAAGUAAUGGGAGAGACCCAUGAAGGGAUAUGUGGUGCUUACCAAGCUGGAAUAAAAAUGAAGUGGCUGAUUAGAAGUUACGCUUAUUACUGGCCCGGGAUGCUUAAAGAUUGUAUCACAUUCGCCAAAGGAUGUCAAGCAUGUCAAAGGCAUGGGCCAAUCCAUAGAGCCCCGGCGAUUGAAUUACAACCAAUCAUAAAACCAUGGCCUUUUAGAGGCUGGGCUAUGGAUUUGAUAGGGAAAGUUUAUCCACCUUCUUCUAAAACAUUAUUUUAUCAUUGUGAAUCAAUCACAACUGAUCGAGGUUCAGCCCUUGUUGCCAAAGAAGUGCAGGCAUUUGCAGCAGAGUACAGGAUCAAGCUCCUAAACUCAACCCCUCACUUUGCACAAGGAAAUGGUCAAGCCGAGUCGUCUAAUAAGAUGCUAAAAGGCAUCAUUGAAAAAAUGGUGGAAGAUAACCCUAUGGUGUGGCAUGAACAAUUAUCAGAAACACUUUGGGCAUAUAGGACUUCUCAACGAUCAAGCACAGGCGUGACUCCAUUCAUGCUCACCUAUGGUCAUGCUGCAGUUUUGCCUAUGGAAGUGACUGUGCGGUCAAUGAGAUUCGCAUUGCAAAACAAUUUGACCCCUGCUGAAUAUAAUGAGUCUAUGUUGAUCGAAUUGGAGGACCUAGACGAAGUAAGGUUAAGGGCUCUUGACCACAUACAAGUUCAGAAAAGGCGAGUAGCAAGGGCAUAUAACAAGUGUGUUAGGGCCAAAAUCUUCGGUGAAGGUGACUUGGUUUGGAAGACUGUCCUCCCAAUGGGUGUGAAUGAUCGAAAAUAUGGAAAAUGGUCACCAAAUUGGGAAGGUCCAUUUAUGGUUUACAAAGUCUUAAAAGAAGGCGCAUAUCAUUUGCAAGAUCUUGACGGGGAAAUACACCUUCGGCCGAUUAAUGGCCGAUACUUAAAAACUUAUUAUCCUACAAUAUGGGAGACAAUGGAGAAUAAAACCAAAGAUGGUUAA